UAAAUAUAAACAAUCUUGAUUUGUCUCAAGAAUCGAUGAAAAUUGUACAUACUUCGCAUAAAUUUAUAUUUAUAAUGGCUAAUUUUACUGAAGACUUAUUUGAUGUUUUUGAAGAAGCAGAAGAUAUAGUAGAAGUGAUUCCAGCUCCGGUGAAACCAAGAAAUGAAGAUUUAAAUACAUCAUUUAAUGAAAAGAAAACUAAUUUAGAAAGUGGUACUAAACGAGAAUUUGAAAAUGAUUCUGAUGAAUUAGUUUCUAAAAAAUUGCGGUCUGAUCCUGUAUUGGAAGAUUUAAAUAUAGAAGAAUUAGCACCACGUAUUAAAAUACAUACAAUAGAAACAAUUGAGUCAUGUACACAUGAAGUUGCAGUUCCUCCAGAUUAUGAAUAUAUACCAUUAGAGAAUAAACAAAGCAAACCAGCAAAAGAAUACAAAUUUGUAUUAGAUCCUUUCCAAAAAGAAGCAAUCUUAUGUAUUGAAAAUAAUCAAUCUGUUUUAGUUUCUGCACAUACAUCAGCUGGUAAAACUGUUGUUGCAGAAUAUGCAAUAGCAUGUUCAUUAAGAGAUAAGCAAAGAGUCAUUUAUACAACACCUAUAAAAGCAUUAAGUAAUCAAAAGUAUAGAGAAUUUUUUGAAGAAUUUAAAGAUGUAGGUUUAGUAACUGGAGAUGUAACAAUUAAUCCAACAGCAAGUGUGCUUAUUAUGACUACUGAAAUCUUAAGAAAUAUGCUUUAUCGUGGAUCUGAGGUAAUGCGUGAAGUUGGAUGGGUAAUUUUUGAUGAAAUUCAUUAUAUGCGUGAUAAAGAAAGAGGAGUUGUAUGGGAAGAAACAUUAAUAUUAUUACCAGACAAUGUGCACUAUGUAUUUCUUUCUGCUACUAUACCUAAUGCUAGACAAUUUGUAGAAUGGGUUGCACAUUUACAUAAGCAACCAUGUCAUGUUGUUUAUACAGAUUACAGACCAACUCCUUUACAACAUUAUAUAUUUCCUGUUGGUGGAGAUGGUAUUCAUUUGGUUGUGGAUGAAAUGGGACAAUUUAAAGAAGAGAAUUUUAACAGGGCAAUGGCUUGUUUACAACAUAGUGAUGCAGCUAAAGGGGAUAGUAAAGGUCGCAAAGGUGGUAUUCGUCCAUCAAAUGCUGGACAAACAAAUAUCUUUAAAAUGGUCAAAAUGAUUAUGGAAAGAAAUUUUGCACCUGUUAUUAUAUUUAGUUUUUCCAAAAAAGAUUGUGAGAUAUAUGCCAUGCAAAUGGCUAAAUUAGAUUUGAAUACAUUAGAAGAAAAAAAGUUGGUAGAUGAAGUAUUUAAUAAUGCUAUGGAUGUUCUUAACGAAGAAGAUCGACGUUUACCACAAGUUGAAAAUGUAUUACCACUUUUAAGACGAGGAAUAGGUAUUCAUCAUGGUGGACUUUUACCUAUUCUGAAAGAAACUGUAGAAAUAUUAUUUGGUGAAGGAUUAAUAAAAGCAUUAUUUGCAACAGAAACUUUUGCUAUGGGAUUAAAUAUGCCAGCACGAACAGUUUUAUUUACAGCAUCACGAAAAUUUGAUGGUAAAGACUUUCGUUGGAUUACAUCUGGAGAAUAUAUACAAAUGUCUGGUCGAGCAGGUAGAAGAGGUUUAGAUGAAAAGGGAAUAGUAAUAUUAAUGAUAGAUGAACAAGUUAGUCCAGUUGUUGGUAAAGCAAUUGUACAAGGAAAACCAGAUCCUAUUAAUUCAGCUUUUCAUUUAACAUAUAAUAUGGUUUUAAAUCUUUUGAGAGUUGAAGAAAUUAAUCCAGAAUAUAUGCUUGAAAGAAGUUUUUAUCAAUUUCAAAAUCAAGCCUCUAUUCCAGAUUUAUAUAACAAAGUAAAGGAUUUGCAAGGUGCAUAUAAUGCAGUAACUAUUGAUAGAUAUAAUCACAUAUCUUCCUAUCAUGAUAUACGUGAACAACUUGAACAUCUUAGCACUGAAUUUAGAUGUUUCUUAACAAAACCAGAAUAUUUACUUCCAUUUUUACAACCUGGAAGAUUAGUAAAAGUAAAAAAUGAAAAUGAAAUGUUUGAUUGGGGUAUAAUUGUAAAUUUCAAAAAGAAAAAUCCUAAAAAUCCAAUAAGAGAAAAUACUGUUAUCAUUAUUGAUAUAUUACUUCACAUUUCUAAAAACUCUAGUGAAGGAUGUCCUGUACCUUGUCGAGAAGGAGAAGAAGGUGACAUGGAAGUAGUUCCUGUUAUACAUACAUUAAUUUCUCAAAUUAGUUCACUUAGAUUAUAUUAUCCAAAAGAUUUAAGACCAUCUGAUAAUAGAAAAAGCGUAUUAAAAACAAUACAAGAAGUAAAAAAAAGAUUUCCAGAUGGGCCACCAUUGUUAAAUCCUAUUACAGAUAUGCACAUUGAAGAUGAUGCUUUCAAAGAUAUCGUCAAAAAAAUUGAAGUAUUAGAAGAAAAAUUAUAUGCUCAUCCUUUACAUAAGGAUCCUAAUGUAAAUAUUCUAUAUGAACAAUUUUUACAUAAAGAAGAUUUAGGUAAUCAGCUAAAACAAGCUAAAUUAGAAUUAAAACAAGCUAAAUCAAUACUUCAAAUGGAUGAAUUAAAAUGUAGAAAACGAGUAUUGCGAAGAAUGGCCUAUUGUACAGCAUCAGAUGUUAUAGAAUUAAAAGGCAGAGUGGCUUGUGAACUUAAUGGAGCUGACGAAUUGUUAAUGACAGAAAUGAUUUUUAAUGGUUUAUUUAAUUCAUUAAGUGUACCACAAAUGGUAGCAUUAAUUAGUUGUUUUGUUUGCGAUGACAAAUCAAAUGAAAUGCCUAAGAGUACUGAAGAAUUAAGUGGUCCACUUAGACAAAUGCAAGAUUUAGCUCGAAGAAUAGCAAAAGUAUCUACAGAAGCUAAUCUAGAAUUAGAUGAAGAUACAUAUGUAGAACGAUUUAAGCCAUAUUUAAUGGAUGUUGUAUAUGCUUGGUGUAAAGGAGCUACUUUUUUACAAAUUUGUAAAAUGACAGAUAUAUUUGAAGGUUCUAUUAUAAGAUGUAUGCGUCGUUUGGAAGAAGUUCUUAGACAAUUAUGUCAAGCAGCCAAAAAUAUUGGAAAUACGGAUUUAGAAAAUAAAUUUAGUGAAGCAAUUAAACUUAUAAAACGUGACAUUGUCUUUGCUGCAUCUUUGUAUUUGUAAUAAAAAUUCUUUAAAAAAUUUAAUAUUAUUCAAAAUAUAUUUUUUUAUUACAAA